AUGGUAGGAACAUCCACCGACCUGGUAGGAACACCACCCACUCGGGAGGAAUCACCAAACCACCCAAGAGGAAUCACCACCACAGAGGAACACCACCACCUGGAGGAACACCAACCUGAGGAACAAACCACCACCAAGGAGGAACACCCCUACCGGGAGGAACACCACCUACCAGGAAGGAACCCACCACCGGGAAGGAAACAUCCACAACUGGGAGGAACACCUACCACCAGAGGAACACCCACCACCUGGAGGGAAAACCACCACCAGGAGGAACACCACCACGCGGGGAGAACUCCCCAACCAGGAGGUAACUCCACACCAGGGAGGAACAGUCCAACCACCGGGAGGAAAAACCACCACCGGGAGGAACACCACCACCGAUUGGGGGAGGAAACACCACGCCACCGGGAGGAACACCACCACGGAGGAACUACCUACCACCAUGGAGAACACCACCACUCAGGAAGGAACUCCAACCACCAGGAAGGAACCCACCACCAGGAGGAACACCACCCACCGGGAGGAACACCAUACAUGACCAGCCCACCGGAGGAACAUCACACCACCAGGAAGGAACACACCACCAGUGAGGAACCACCACCACCAUGGGAGGAAACACCACCACCUGGAGGAACAUCGCACCAACCAAGGAGGAACACCACCACCUGGAUAGAACUGCCACCACCUAGGAGAACACCACCAGCCAGGAGGAAACACCACCAACUGAGGAACAACCACCACCUGGAGGAACACCACCACCUGGAGGGAUACAUGUCCACCACCGGGAGGAUACACCAACACCGGGAGGAACACCACCACCAGGAGGAACACAACACCAGAGGAAACUCCACCACCAGGAGGAAACAGGACCACCACCUGGAGGAAGCACCACCACGCUGGAGGAACACCACCACCAGAGGAACACCACCACCCAAGGAGGAAACACCCACCACCAGGAGGAAGACACCAACACAGGAGGACAUCCACCAACCCAGGAGGAACACCACCCCAAAGGAGGAACACACACCAGGAGGAACUACCCACCACCGGGAGGAACACCACCAUCAGGAGGAACAUCCACCAACAAGGAGGAACACCACCACAGGAGGAACUCCAACACCACCUGGAGGAACUCCACCUACCUGGAGGAACAGCCACCACCGGAGGAACACCACCACAAAGGAGGAACACGCAAACACCUGGAGGGUGAACACAACUCACCAGGAGGAACACACCACCAGGAGGAACACCACCACCAGGAGGACACCUACCUACCAGGAGGAACUCCACCACUUAGGAGAACACCACACCAUCCGGGAGGAACACCACCACCGGGAGGAACACAACCACCAGGAGGAACACCACCACCAGGAGGAACAUCCACUACCAGGAGGAUACACCACAACCUGUGCGGGAAGGAACUCCACCACCAGGAGGAACACCACAACCAGGAGGAACACCACCACCUAG